GCGGACAAGCUCGGCAACUUCAGAGAGCUUUUUGGCGAGUAAAAUCGUAGGAUGAACGUCGUACGGGUCAAUCUGAGGAACGUGAUAUUCCUUCUCGUCGCCCUCCUGUCCACCUCCGUCCAAGAGGCUCACAUGGGUCAUGAUAGUGCAAUCAGCUAUGCACUGAAAGAAGCCAAUGUAAACUCCACACCAGCCUACAGUAGUAAAAAGGAGGAGACAGCCAGUUUGUGCCCAAGUGGGAUAUCCUGUGCAGAGUUGAGCGUGGAAUGUCUGAACUGUAAUUUUAAUUAUAACUGUGUAUACGGUGCUACAUAUGAUGCCAACUGUUCCAUAAAGGAUCACGUCGAUUGCGUGGGCAGUCCGUCUUUUCUGAAGAAGUAUAUGUGCCGCUAUUGUUAUCAGACUGAUCAUUGGGAGCAUCAGUGUCAUCAGAAAAAUUCCUGUAGCUCAGUAGCGUCUCCACAACAGUAUUAUAGGACAAAUUGUACGGUAAACAGCGACGUACUGUGUCUAGGCAGACGAAAGUUUAUGAAGAACUUGCCUUGUAAUUGGACAAUCGGGUAUCGAUGGUCUACAGCUCUGAUUUUGAGCAUUACUCUUGGAGGGUUUGGUGCCGAUAGGUUUUACUUGGGACACUGGCAGGAAGGCAUUGGCAAGCUUUUCAGUUUUGGUGGCCUGGGCGUGUGGACGUUAAUUGAUGUAAUAUUAAUCUCUAUGAGAUAUCUAGGCCCUGCUGAUGGUUCUUUAUACAUUUAGAGUACUCGUGGAAAUUAUUAAUAUAUACAUAGGAUUUAAUUUUCAUUUUAUUAUAAUUUAUUGUAGUCUUUGUAAAAUAUAGGGAUUGUAAGACAGGCUACACAUUUAUUAUAAAAUGAAUUAAAUAAUAUAGAAAUAUUACU